UGACACACACAAAUACAUUUUUAGCCAAAAAAAAAAAAAAAGAUACACAAAUCCAUUUGAGAUUUAUAUUAUAAUUUACAUUCGAAAGUACCAAAGCAUCAAUAAGUUCAUAUAAUUAAUAAUUAUUUGCCAGUGGAAAAGAAGGAAGAAAGGAAUCAUUUUCCGCUGCCCGGACCUCAGACCUGGGUUUCAUCUUCUUCCAUUGAAGACCAUCCUCUUCUGUUUUCCGAAAACAGAGUCGGCAGAGAGAAAAUUUAGACUCUUUUUUUUUCACUUCAUAGCGUUGGCAGUCAUGGCUCUCUCAACAAGGCAGAGACGCCUUCCACUUCCACCGUCCGAUCCUUCACCGUCAUCGUCAUCGUUGUCUUACUCGAAGGUCGAUAAACCAGGGAAAUCGAACAGCAAAGAAGAGGACAAAGGGUUGGGUUGGUUCUUCCCGUUGUUUGCUUUGGGAAUGCUGAGGUACAUGAGCGCCACAUCAAACAUCAUACAUGACUGUGAUGAGGUCUUCAACUACUGGGAACCUCUUCAUUAUCUUCUUUUCAAAUCUGGCUUCCAAACUUGGGAAUAUAGUUCUGAGUUUGCACUUCGGUCAUAUUUGUACCUUGCCUUCCAUGAGUUGGUAGGUCGACCAGCUUCCUGGUUGUUCGGUGAUGAAAAGGUGAGAGUAUUCUAUGCUGUAAGACUCUUUCUUGCUGUCCUCUCUGUUAUCACAGAAACAGUUCUGGUGGUAGCCCUCUCCAGGAAGUAUGGAAAACGUCUUGCUUCUUACACACUUGCAAUGCUUUGUUUAACAAGCGGUUGCUUUUUUGCCAGCACAAGUUUCCUGCCAAGUUCAUUCUCUAUGUAUGCCAUCUCUCUUUCAUCAGGUCUAUUGCUUCUUGAGAAACCUGCUAUGGCAGUUGCAGUUGCAGCUGUUGGUGUGAUCCUUGGCUGGCCAUUCUCAAUCUUGGCUUUUCUUCCAGUGACAUUCUAUUCUUUAUACAGAAGAUUCAAACAAGCAUUUGUUGCUGGAGCUGUCACAUCUGUUUCUCUUCUUGCACUUUCACUUCUUUUUGAUUGCUACUACUACGGAAAGUGGACCUCAUCUGUGUUAAAUUUGAUGCUCUAUAAUGUCGUAGGAGGUGGUGAGAGCCAUUUGUAUGGAAUUGAAGGACCAUUCUAUUAUUUUAGGAAUGGAUUUAACAAUUUCAACUUCUCUUUCAUUCUUGCAUUGUUGUUUCUGGUAAUGAUACCAAUUUUAAGGAGAAAGUUUGCCCUGGACUUGCUGGUUGUGGUCUCUCCUGUAUAUAUCUGGUUGGCAUUUAUGUCUUUGCAGCCACACAAAGAAGAAAGGUUCCUUUAUCCAAUAUAUCCUCUUAUUUGCAUUGCUGCUUCAGCUGUCAUUGAGAGCUUUCCUGAUAUUUUUCGAGACAAAUACAAUCCCCAUGACAAUUCUCUGAUGGUUAUGAUAGCCAAGAUUAUUAGACCAGUGGUUCUGGGCCUCAUCUUAUGUGCCUCCCACGCUCGUACAUUUUCACUAAUUCAUGGUUACUCAGCUCCUUUGGAGAUUUACAAGCUAUUAGAGCAUCAUGAUGAUGUAGGAACGGGUGCUGUACUUUGUGUUGGGAGUGAAUGGCAUCGCUUCCCAUCAUCAUUUUUUGUUCCUGAUUAUGUAGGAGAAGUUCGAUGGAUUGAUGAUGGAUUCCGAGGGCUUCUUCCAUUCCCAUUCAAUUCUACUCUGGGAGGAACUGCUGCUGCACCGCCAUAUUUUAACAAUAAGAACAAAGCAUCUCCCGAGCAAUAUCUUAAAGACAUUGAAGCUUGUACAUUACUUGUUGAGUUGCAUCUAAGACGACCUUACCCCUAUCGUGGAAGUGAUCUGUCAACAUGGGAGGCAAUUGGAGCGUUGCCUUAUCUGGACAGGGAGCUCUCGCCAUCUCUUUAUCGCUCGUUUUUCAUUCCAUACCUGUGGCAGCAUAAGAACAUUUUUGGAAUGUACAAGCUUCUUAGAAGAAUACCAAAAUGAAAGAGGAUGUUACUGUACGCCUAGGUUCUAGCUGUAUCAAAAUUUUGAACAAGCAUGACUUCAGAUGGUUGGUCCACGCGUUCAUCCAUUCUAGAUGCCCUUUCCCAUCAGAAAGAGAGCAAGAGGGAGAGAUUAUUUGGUCUUUAGGUACAUUAAUUGAGUUAUUUAGGCACUGAGUUGUUAAUCGCAUGAACCUUUUCCAGAUUUUACCAAGAUUUCCUGUUACACUUUUUUGGCUGUUGAAAAAGUGUCAAUGGGUCUGAAGUUUUAGUGGCAAAUGUUGAUGAUUUUAAUCCAGAUGCUAACAUGCUAGUCACAAGCAUAAUACUAAUCCAGAAACCAGUCCUAUAAUUUACAUUACUA